AUGGUUUCAAAAAGAGAUUAUCGAUGCCAUGCACACACAAACCCAUUUAGAGAUACAAAAAUAGACGUUCCGAAGGAUCCCAGCUCUAUAGACUGGAGGAAGCAUUUCGAAAAUGGCCGUCCACCCACUUUUAUUGAUGUAGGCUGUGGUUAUGGAAAGUUUCUGGUGGAAACUGCAAGAUUAUUUCCAGGGGAGAAUGUUCUUGGUCUGGAAAUCAGAGACAAAGUUGUAGAAUAUGUCGAGCAGCUUGUUUCGACUCUUCCCAACUGCUCUGUUGUUCAAACCAAUGCUCUUUUAUUUCUUCCAAACUUUUUUGUGUCCAACAGUCUUAGAAAAGUCUUUGUCCUCUUCCCCGAUCCGCAUUUCAAGAAAAGAAAGCAGAAGUUUAGGAUGAUUUGCAGACAGACAAUGGCUGUGCUGAAGUAUCUAUUUGAAAAAGAGGGGCAGCUGUAUAUUUCAACAGAUGUUGAGGAGUUAUUUGAGGAUAUGUGCCAGGUGAUUGAGUCUACAGGAUAUUUCUCAGAGCAGAAAGAUCCCAGUGGUGAUCCGCUAUUUGAAAAGUGCUAUAGAGGAACUGACGAAGCAGGACGUGCAGGGAUGAAGAGCGGACACACCUUUGGGAAAGUAUACAAGAUAGCUAAAUGA